AGACCGGCCCAGCAAUGGAGCUAGCUAGUCGUAGUACAACAUUUUCAACGAACACACCGUACAUUCCGCUACCCGUGAGCAAUGACUACCGUGAUCGUGACGAAUCCCCAGGUCGGGCCGGACCCGAUGACGAUCACCUGCCCAACGUGUCACGCAACGGUACGCACGAAGGUGAAGCACCAAUCGACCACAUCCACGCACGCCUGUGCCUUUCUGUUGUGGAUCUUUUGCUGGCCCUGCCUCUGUCUGCCGUACUGCUGCAACUCCUGCCGUAACGCCAAUCACUACUGCCCCAACUGCAAUACCUUCAUCGGUUCUUACAAAAACUAGCGACUAGUUGGCUCUUGGUAGGUGCAUCACCAAGCAGAAUACUUCCUAAUUUGUUCAUCAAUCUCCAGCUAGUGGAAGCUUAUGUUAAGGUUUUUUUUUGAAGAUCCAUUUUGUCAGAGGUUAAGGGCAGAGCAGAGACAUAUUUGACAUAGACUAGGGAAAUUAUUAACACUUCUUCAACAAUAAAUUUAUAAUAUUUAUAAAACCCA